UGCGCAGCCCAAGCGCCGGGUUGAUCCACUUCAAACAAAUGUUGUAAAGCGGAAAUAACGGACUGAAACAGAGCGAGAAGCUUUCGAUUCUAACUCAUUAAUAAUCCAAACAAAGAAGAGAGUUUGUCGUCGUCCUGGAGUUUCACAAAAUAACGCGGACGCUUGAAUUACACCCUGUACCAAGGAUGAACAUCAACGUGGGAUACAGCUUUACGCAACCAGACAACGCCAGCAGUUUCGAUUUUCAAACGUAAACAUCCGCCGAGCAGUUCCCGUCCAAGUGUGAGCAGACAGACACUUCACUAUGCUACCCAUGUUUAGGAUGAGUGUUUCGGUCCAAAACAGAGGACAUGCUAUUCCCAGCUAAUGGUCAGUUAUGAUACGACGGGUUGGUUUUAUUUUAACCCCAAGUGCUUUGCCAAGGCGUCAGCGUUACUAAAGAUGCGAAUGGGUUAGCACGCAAGCUAACUUGGCUACGAGAGCUGUUUGUUUGUGUAACUACAUACUCAACUAAUAAUAAGUCCGAUAAUAUAUAGUCCAGUUUCACAAUCGGACAUCCUUAUUAUGGGUCUGCUGAACUUUGUUUUUAGUUCAAUUGGAAAAUGCAUAGAUGUCAUUUGCCUCCUUCUGGAUUUAAAUUUUGUGAUUGUAAACUCAAUAAUUCAGCUGUUGGUGGCAGUGAUUUCCUUUAUCAAUAGUCUGCCCAUGCUACUCACAAAUUCAGUGUCGGAGUGCUGGAAUCUCACUCUGCUUUGCAUCAUCACCAUGAGGGACGGAGUGGCCGUCGUGACCCAUAACAUGGUCGGAGGUUGGAUGCAGCUGCUGGGAGGCGUCCUGGAAAGCUUCAAGAUGAUCGGAUACCUGUCUUCGCAUCUACUGCUCCGCACCAAAGAGCUUCUCCACCGCGGACUGUUGUCGGGACACAGUUUGCUGCGACAGGCCUGGGAAGGCUGUGGAAUUGUGUUCAGCUUGUUGCUAUAUUUCAUCAACACUAUGAUCAACUUGCUCCUCAUUGGCACGCAAAAUUUAUACUCAGUGUUGGUCAGCACGGUGGAAGCAGUGUCCUGUCCUUUGCAGAAAACUCUUGAGCUGACUUUGACGGCGUUGACGUUUCUUUACAGCAGUCUUGUUGGCACCUCCAUCCUGCUGUGGACUCCAUGCAGACUGGCGAUGGAGUUCCUGGGAUCCGUGUGCCAUGUAUUUGUGAGCGUGUUCCUGCUCAACUCUUACGGGCUGCUUCUCAUAUUGCUCAUCAUUGCGAGUGCCACUGUAUAUCUAAACCCUGCGCUCCCACGACAUGUAUGUUUGCGUGUAAUCAACUACAUCAACACUGUUCCCAUCCUACGGUGUUUCCGGAGGGCUAUACACCGCCUCUAUGUGCUUGAGAGGAAUUUGUGGCAGCGAUUGGCCUGGUAUCGCAGCCAGAUAAUGGUUCCUGCAAGGAUGGAAGUUGUGGAAGGGGACGUUAGACAGCCAGAUGCCAACCCUGAGCCUCAAGCUGACCCAAACGCAGCAGGCGAGGUAGCAGAAAACGCACCUGAGGAUGCCCACCAAGUGGAUGACCCUCUAGACUUGCCGCUUCCCAGUUCCAGCACUCGCAGGCUGCUCCGAAAAUUUCCUUCGGAGGACAGUUGCAAAGGCCCUCCGGCUGACAACCUGCUGACUCUUCUGCAGGAGCAAGAGGAGAGGAAGAAGUGUGUGAUCUGUCAGGACAGCACCAAGACUGUUGUGCUCCUGCCGUGCCGUCACUUGUGCUUGUGUAGAGACUGCACCAACAUUUUGCUCAGCCAGCCUAUCUACCAACAAAACUGCCCCUUGUGCCGCCACAUGAUCCUUCAGACCAUGGACGUGUAUCUCUGAGGGAAGCGUUUACGGAUGUGUUUCUGUCAUCCUCAGGUUUUUUGAGCAGCACUGUUCUUGAAAUGUGGGAAACCACUUGUUCCUUUUUCAUAGAUGGCCAUUCCACUACUGAUGCUUGUAUAUAGAUUUAAAUCGCAACCUUUUGUAAAUCGUUAAGGCAAGGCUGACGACUGUGCCCAUGCUUUCUUAUGAUUUUAUAUUCAUUGUCACUUUUUUCAUCAGCUUGUAGAAGCAGUAUCACAUGAAUGUAAGUUUUGUAUUAAAAAACAUUAAAAAUGGGGCGUUAAUUGUGAAGAUAGAAGAUUUAUGAUGUAAUUGUCGAGUGUUAAUGGGGAACAUUUGUAUGCUGCAAUACUAACGUUGGGCCUUAUUGUAUGAAUUGUCUAUUUUAUUUAUUUUUGCCUGAUUGUAAAAGUGAUCAAAGGCUUCAUGGGAACCUUUGAAACCUCACAAUAAUUCACAUGACUUCAGUCCAUCAGUUAGUGUCUUCUGUGUUUUUAUAAUAUGCAGAUCCAUCAAGAUAUUUUUAACUUCAAACCAUUCCAGUCAAGUUCUCAAUCCAUAAUAUUGCUUUCCCCAGUGAAAAGGUUGUCUCAUUUGAAUCAGGAGAGAAAUAUGCACAAAUCAAGUACCGUUUACAAGCAAAAAUUAAUGGAUUUGUAUUUUGGCCAGAAGAGAUGGAUUUGUUUCUUACAUGCAGCUUUUCAGUGUUAAUGGAUGGAUUGAAGUCUUGUCAAGUGUGGAUUAUUGUGAUGUUUAUGGGGAAUAUUUGUGUAAUACAAUAUGAACAUUGGGCCUUAGUAUGAUUUGUUGUCUGCUUAAUUUCUUACGUGACUGUAAAGGUGAUCAAAGCUUUCAUGGGAGCAUCUACAACAUCAGAUUUUUAUUUUUUUUUUUGUGUUGGAGAAAUCUGUUUUGCUUUGCAUACAAAAUGUAAUCAUUCCACCAAAGCUGUUUUGUACUCUUUUUAAAUACAAGUGUCACUACAAUAUUUUCACAAGUUAUUCUACAAUCUGAUGAUGUAUUCGUGCUGUUUUUGUCAUUUAUUAUUGAACAGCAAGGCUUUCUCACUGCUCAAGUGGUAUUGAUUAAUGCAUUUUCAAAUCGACAUUUUGUGCUUGUUUUUUGUUUUGAGAAGACAGUAAUUCAAUUCAGUUACCGGUAAAAACAGAGUGGCAGAAAGGCUUUUAGCUCAGCUUUGUCCAGGGGAUGUUGUUAGAAAUCACUAUUUUGGAAAACAUCUUGUGCAUUAUAGAAACAAAGUACAGGCUUUUCUGGUUUAUGUCAGUUAUUUUGGUCUUCCAUGAUAUUUCAAAACCCAUUCAGAAAGGCACAAUGCACAAGACAAUCAGGUGCAUUUAAGAGAAAAAAGUAUUUGCAAGGUCCAUGCAAGCUGUUGUCCUUCCUUAAAAUAUAAAAAAUUACUCUAUAGUCCCUACUUAUUUCUAACACUCUCAAUUCUGCACAAUGCAGGUGACAAGCACUAACCCAUGGUUUAUUAUUGUAAUUUUAAGGUUUUUAAACAAGCUGUGAUUUCAUUCCAUAUUAAGCCCCAAACCUUUUUUAUUCUUGUACCACAGACGCUUGUUUUCUAUGAAGGUCUCCAGUGAUGAUGUUUGUGGGUAGAGCAGAUGUCUGUCUCUCCAGAGGCCUGGAUAAUAUCAAAACCACAUUCACUGACUAUCCAGAUGAACAAUAAACAGUAUU